GAUGAGCUAAUGCGCCAGGAACUGAAGAAUCUAAAAUUAGCUGUGGAUAGAGAGACAGAGAAAACAGGGAAAAAAGGGAAAAAAGGAAAGAAAAAGAAAAAAGGAAAAAAAGGUGGAAAAAAGAAAAAGUCGAAGAAAGAUAAAGAUCUGACAUCUGACCGGACUAUUGAUUCUCUUUACCAAGAGCUGGUAAAAGAAGGAAUAUUAGUAAGAAGUAAGAAAGUAAAACUCAGCGAUUAUGUUGGUGAGUACAGCUAUCUGGGGACUACACUUCGACAGGUGGAUGUAGAACCAAUGCCUUCUCUUACAGAUGUGAAGCAGCUUAUAGCACUGUAUGGAAUAUUGCCAUUAGGUUCUCAAUCUGUCCAUGAGAAAGCACCUCUGGUGAAAGCCUUGCUCUUGGCUGGCCCUGUAGGAGUAGGGAAAAAAAUGCUUAUCCAUGCUCUCUGCACGGAAACAGGAGCCAACCUGUUCAAUUUAUCUGCUGCAAAUAUUGCUGGUAAAUAUCCUGGCAAGACUGGUCUUCAAAUGAUGCUUCAUAUGGUUUUUAAG